UUUCCCUGACUGCAUCCUCUUUUCACCCUCUUUCUCAUUUCCAUAAGGAGAAGAAGCUUUAAGGGAUCUGAGGACAUAGCAGCAGGAAGGUGUGUUCGGACACUCCUUCAGGACGUGUUUGUCUUUUAGAAUCGUGAAAGGCACUUUUUGCACUGUGAAAUGACUGGAGAUCCUUACAGAAAAGAAUUGAAAGGGAGAGAUUCCGUGGUAUUCAGCCUUCAUACUGAUGGUUCUCACCAUGAAUAUGCUGAAUGCAGAAUAACCCCAGAGGCCCAAUGGCAUUCCUUAUCACUAUGAGGAUUUUCUUCAGAGCCCAGCCCUUUCAAUCCUGUUGGACAAGUAGGCUCUCCUUCCGAGUGUUCCACAAAGAAUCCAGACGACUGGCUCCGCAGAAUUUCUCAGAUUAUGAAUCUUUGAAACCAUUCAAACCAGAGUUGCCGGAGUAUUUCAAUUUUGCAAAAGAUGUGCUGGAUCAGUGGACUUUAAAGGAAAAGGCUGGAAAGAGACCCUGCAACCCAGCUUUCUGGUGGAUAAAUGGCAGUGGAGAUGAAGUGAAGUGGAGCUUCGAGGAAUUGGGGUCUCAGUCGAAGAAAGUGGCCAAUGUCCUCUCUCAAGUCUGUGGCUUGCAGAAGGGUGACAGAGUCCUUUUGAUUUUACCCCGAAUUCCAGAAUGGUGGUUGGUAAACAUCGGUUGUAUGCGAACUGGAAGUGUUGUCAUGCCUGGAACCACGCAGCUGACAAAGAAGGACAUUCUGUACAGGCUGCAAGUUUCCAAAGCAAACUGCAUUAUUACCAGUGAUGACUUGGCCCCAGUCGUAGAUUCCGUUGCAUGUGAAUGCAAGGCUCUGAAGUCCAAGUUAAUUGUAUCUGAAAACCCCAGGGAAGGGUGGCUGAACUUAAAAGAGCUGAUGAGACAGGUACCUGAUGAUCACUCCUGUGUGAAGACGAGACACAACGAGGCAAUGACCAUUUACUUUACCAGCGGAACAACUGGCUCUCCAAAAAUGACUGAACAUUCCCACUGCAGUUUUGGCAUCGGAUUAACUGUAAAUGGAAGGUACUGGCUGGAUCUGACCCCUUCAGAUGUGAUGUGGAAUACUUCAGACACAGGCUGGGCAAAAUCUGCCUGGAGCAGUUUCUUUGCCCCUUGGAUUCAAGGAGCCUGUGUGUUUGCACAUUUUAUGCCACGUUUUGAGCCUUCCACUGUCUUAGAUACACUGUCCAGAUUUCCCAUCUCUGUCUUCUGUUGUGCUCCAACUGCAUAUCGAAUGCUUGUGUUGAAUCCACUGGAAAGAAGUUAUAAAUUCAAGAACCUGAAGCACUGUGUGAGUGCAGGGGAACCAAUCAACCCCGAAGUGACUGAGCAAUGGAAAAGCAACACUGGCCUGGAUAUCUACGAGGGCUUUGGGCAGACUGAAACGGUGCUAGUCUGUGGAGUUUUCAAGGGGAUGAAAAUUAAACCUGGCUCUAUGGGAAAGCCUUCUCCAGCUUUUGAUGUUCAGAUUGUAGAUAAAAAUGGCAACAUUCUGCCUCCUGGAGAAGAAGGAGACAUUGCCGUCCGAGCUCACCCCCACAGACCUUUUCUUUUCACCCGCUAUGUGGAUGAUUCCCAGAAAACUGCUUCAACACUUCGUGGGAACUUCUACAUCACUGGGGACAGGGGAUAUGUGGAUGAAGAUGGAUAUUUCUGGUUUCUUGGAAGAAUGGAUGAUAUCAUCUUAUCUUCUGGAUACCGAAUAGGACCUUUUGAAGUAGAAAAUACCCUGAUUGAGCAUCCGGCGGUAAUAGAAUCAGCUGUUGUCAGCAGCCCAGACCCCAUCAGAGGAGAGGUGGUAAAAGCCUUCAUUGUUCUGUCUCCUGAAUAUGAGUCACACGAUCCAGAAAAACUGACAAGUGAGCUACAGGAGCAUGUCAAGAAAAGUACCGCACCCUACAAGUAUCCCAGAAAGGUGGAAUUCAUUAAAGAGUUGCCAAAGACCGUAAGUGGAAAGAUAAGAAGAAAUGAACUAAGGAAAAAAGAAUGGGGAAGAGUUUAAACUCAUUUUGUAGGUUCUGCCUAACACUUCAGCUAUUUAGGGCACCUGAAGAAACAAGAUAUUUGGUGGAAAUGCCAAAUUAUGGAGAGGUGAGAUUGAAAUGGAGGCAAUGGGCUGCUAUUGGGCUAGAGAUUUUAAAAGAGUUAAAGUGUAUUUUAAAGCAAUACUAGAUGUUGGCAUUUUAGUAUCCUAAAUGUUCUCAGCUUUCAGUUCGUAGUAGUGCUGACAACUGGGAGAAAAAUGAAA